GGGCUCCCCGGCCGUUCGAGGCGGCGCUCCCCGGGAAGGCGGCGCUCCUGCCCGCGCCCCCGCGGCCGGAGGAGCGGGAGCCGCGCCGGGAGCAGGGGGGCACCAUGGUGGUGCCGCCGCUGCUGCGUGCCGUCAUCAUGGGGCCGCCGGGCUCCGGGAAAGGCACCGUCUCCGCUCGCAUUAUCAAGCACUUCGGCGUGAAGCACCUCUCCAGCGGCGAUCUGCUGAGGGACAACAUGCAGAAGAAGACAGAAGUGGGAAUUCUUGCCAAAUCCUACAUUGAUCAAGGGCAGCUUAUUCCAGAUGACAUCAUGACACGACUAAUGCUGAAUGAGAUAAAAGGUCUAGACCGGUACAACUGGCUAUUGGAUGGUUUCCCCAGAACAGUUGCUCAGGCAGAAGCCCUCGAUAAAGAAUGUCAAAUAGACACUGUGAUUGACCUAGACGUGCCAUUUGAGACCAUAAAGUGUCGGCUUACAGCGCGCUGGAUCCACCCUGCCAGUGGCAGAGUCUACAAUCUUGAAUUCAAUCCUCCCAAAGUGCAGGGCAUUGAUGACAUUACUGGUGAGCCACUUGUUCAGCGUGAUGAUGACAAGCCAGAGACUGUCAGCAAGAGGCUGCAGGCUUAUGAUGCACAAACAAAACCUGUUCUAGAAUAUUAUCGGAAAAAAGGGUUAUUGAAAUCCUUUUCUGGAACAGAAACCAAUAAGAUCUGGCCACAUAUCUAUGCUUUCCUUCAAACCAAGUUGCCAGAUGUGAGCCAGAAAGAUGCUGCCAACCCCAGCUGAAAAUAGGUCAGGCUUCUGGUCAUCUGUCAUAAUUCACUCCUGAUUACAUGGGAUUCUGCAAUAAAGGAUUUGUCCAAGUAGUCUACCAGACUCAUCAAUAAUUAAAGUCCAAUGCUGUCUUUAACCUACGUUAUGGUAAAAUUUUGUUGCCUGUGGUUAUAAUUUUAAUGCUGUAUUUUUUUAUAUUAAAUAUAUUGAAUUUGAAAAAUACAGUAACUGUCUUUA